CAUUUGCUCCUGUUGGUACUAAUAUUUGCAAUCACGUUCCACGAAGGCAUGCAUAGUUUGAGGAUACAGUGCCACGAAAGAGAUCGCCAUGUCCUCCUAAACUUCAAACACACAGUUGAUGAUCUAUCAUCCAUCCUCUCUAGUUGGUCAGAUGAUGGAAGAGACUGUUGUGAAUGGGUAGGAAUUCAGUGUGACAACAACACAGGUGAAAUUCCUCGAAGUUUGGCUCAAUUGUCUUUUCUGGGAACUUUGAACCUGUCUUUCAACAAUUUCUCCAGAACGAUCCCAUUAGGGACUCAACUUCAAGGGUUUGAUGAACUAAGCUAUAUUGGCAAUCCUGAACUUUGUGGUGCUCCACUUCCAAAGAAUUGUUCUGACAAAAAAGAAGCGAAACCCAUUGAAAAAAUGACACCGACCAAGAAGAUGAAUUCCUAUCUUCCUUCUACAUUGCAUUAGGAGUUGGAUUUUCGGUGG